AUGGAAUCUGAAUCUGAAAGUGUUUGCAUGAGGUAUCAACAACUUUUGGGAUUCAAGAAGUCUUUGCUUGGGAUUGUGGCAAACAUUGGUGAGAAUGAGAUAGACUCACAACAGAAGGACUCUAUAAAUUUCAAUUUUGGCUUAAAUCAUGCCAAGGCUGACAAUCUUGCUCCUGGUGACCGAUUUCUUCAUGGGAGAUUUGGAGCAAAGCUAUAUCAACUAUAUCAGAAAGCUGCUCUCAUGAAGAGCUGCUCUGUGUGCGUUGUGAUAAACUCCUCGAAUGUGGGCGUCACCGUUGUGAGCGCAUGUGCUAUGUUGGUGCUUGUGACCCUUGUCAGAACUUCAAUCGCUCCUCCAUUGCCUUGUGGUACCCCCACUCCAUCAUGUCAGCACCCAUGCUCAAUUCCUCAGCCAUGUGGUCAUUUAUCUUCUCACAACUGCCACUUUGGAGACUGCCCACCUUAUUCAAUUCUUAUAGCCAAGGAGUGCAUUGGUGGACAUGUGGUUCUCAAGAACAUCCCUUGUGGGUCAAUGGAUAUUAGAUGUAACAAGCUUUGCAGCAAGACCAAACAAUGUGGUAUGCAUGCUUGUAGGAGAACUUGUCACCCUUCUUGUGAUUCUUCCUAUGCAUCUGGUUCUGGUUUGAAGUCUUCAUGUGGCCAGACAUGUGGUGCUUCGAGGAGAGAUUGCAGGCAUACAUGCAUUGCCCCUUGUCACCCUUCAUCUCUUUGUCCUGAUUCAAGAUGUGAUUUCCCUGUCACAAUCACUUGUUCUUGUGGCCGAAUAAGUGCAACUGUUCCUUGUGAUGCUGGAGGCAGCAGUGUGGGGUUUAAUGGUGAUACAGUCUCUGAAGCCUCCAUUAUCCAAAAGUUGCUAGUACCACUUCAACCUGUGGAUGCAAAUGGCAAGAAAAUUCCUAUUGGACAGAGGAAGCUUGCCUAUGAUGAUGAAUGUGCAAAAACAGGAACGUAGACGAGUUCUUGCAGAUGCUUUUGAUAUCAACCCCCCAAACUUGGAUGCCCUUCAUUUUGGUGAGAAUUAUGCUGUUUCUGAAUUGCUUGUAGAUCUUUUUAGGCGUGAUCCAAAGUGAGUGUUGUUGUGGAAGAAAGAUGCAAGUUUUUUAUCCUAGGGCACAUGCCAUCUCCCAUUUUAUCACCUUUUAUUUUGAAAUAAUUUUCAUGCUCUCUUUCUUCAAAUAAUUUUCCAAAUUUCUUUUAUUCAAAUAACCUUUUGGAUUUUAGUUUUUUUUUAAAUAAUCUCAA